UAUUGCGAAUCUGAGCAGUCGCUUAUUUUGGAGGGCAUCAUUUGCCAGUGAGAGGAAAAAUAACUUGCUGAAAUUAGCGUAUAUUAUACGCAGGACAGUAAGAAAUAUUUUAGGUGAAUAAGCUGAAUUAUUUCCUUUGAAAAUCUACUGAAACACCGCUGAGUUCAGCGACAGAAUUCAUCUCGGGUUCCUUCAAGUUUCAGAUCCGAUCAAACAAACAAAAUAUAAUAAUGAGCACAGAAGAAAGCGCAGAUCAAAGUUCCGUCGAACAAACCACAGCGGAACAAGCGGAAGAGCAGGAGCAGUCCGUUGGAGAGCUCGAAAAGCAGGAAGAAGCCAAACUGAAGGCAAAGUAUGGCGGGAAUUCGGGUCUCGGAGGUCCCCGCGGUCUUGGUGGACACUCGGCAUUUCUGCAGAAGCGCCUGCAAAAGGGCCAGAAAUACUUCGAUUCGGGCGAUUAUCAGAUGGCUAAGCAGAAGGGAGGUGGUGUGAAGCAGGUGUUUGCCAAUAAAGUUCCGACAGGAGAGGCAAUUCCAACGCCGGAAUCAGUGCCAGUGCGGAAAACUUCCAUCAUCCAAACAUGUAAUAAGUUCCAAAACAGUUAAAAAUCCAUUCGCAUGGGAUUCGUCGCGCGUUUAUCUGCAUCUCCCUUCCAUCAUGCCACAUGUUUUAAUCCUCUCUUUUUUCUGCUGUGUGGGUUAUUAUCGCUGAGUUAUGGAGAAACAAAAUGAUUCCACUUUCUCAUCCCCCCCUGGUAAUGUGUUUCACAGGGUCAUACAAUUAAUUCACGAUGUUUUGGUUUUCUUCUGAAUAUUUGUAUUAAAUUUAAGCAUUCGUUUUAGUUCUUAGGAAAAUAUGUGUUAUAACAGUAUCCUUUGCAUAAUAUACAUAAUUUAAAUAAACAUUUCGGUGAAGUCAAACGUUCAGAAAUUUAAUAUUGGAAAACAACAGCUGCAAAUCGAACAAGGAUAUGUCGUAUGCUAAUGCGACACACCUAAGGUUACGAAAAAGUCCUGAUAACAGUGAACUCGUGAUAUGGAAAUAAAUGAGUGACAUAAUGAUGAUGAACCCUGGCAUUGUAGCAAGAAACGAGGGUUCCAAAUAACGAAAGAGAAUACAUUAGAAUGAGAAUCAUUCGUGAAAUGUAUAUGUGAAUAAAUACUGUUUUUUAUUGCUGAGAUGAA